AUAACUAUCGCUGGAGAGUCGUAAAAUAUUUUAAAAGUUUACAAUCUCGUAUAUCGUGUGGAACGCUUGCUAUACUCUUUUCGCUGCAGUGUUUAAUUUCGAAACGCGAUAUGGUCGUUUUAGUUUGAGUCAACAGCAAUUCGUGACAAAUGGCUGAUAGUUAGGGGUACGGAAUAGCUAAAUUUUUGUCUUGUUUACGAAAUUCAGCAUCUUUUAGCACAGAACCAAUGUUUUUAGUGAUUCAAAGCCGUUAGGUGUGGUACUAAGAUUGCGCAAUCCGAGUAGUUUUGGAAUGAAUUUAAAACUGAAAUUUAAAAGGUUUCGUAAAUAAAGUUAAACUUUUCAAAGAAACUUGCCGUUAUAAUAAAUGUCUAUAAAACAUGAAUAGUAUGAAUAAAUGACACAAUUAAGAAAUACCAUGACAAGUAAAGAAUCAUGUAAUUUCCACACACGUCAUAGUAUAGAGCUAUUAGUUAAUCAGUUACCAAUACGCGCUACGCAUCGCAAGAGCCAGAUCAUAUUUCGGUUCAAUAAGCUCUUGUGUUGACAACUGGUGUGAACUUUAAUGUUAAAAAACAAUGUUUAAAUAAUGCGUGCUUGAUUAGACCAGUUGUAAGGUUUUAAAUUUUAGGUUUUACGAACAUAUGGUAGCCUAUAUUUCUUAAACUUAACUUUAAACUUAUCUUCGUUUUUUUCAGACUUUUAUAAAUAAAUAAAUAUUUUAAGUUUUAAGUUUUAACAUCCAAAGUUUUCUGGUAUAAAAUGCAACCAUAUCAGACGCCCCAAGAACCACCGAUCAAUUACUCUAACCCGUAUCCAUCCCGGGAAAAUUGGUUGUUUCCGAGUAAUCCAGAAUGUCCGAAUCAUGCAGUCGGAGUUCCUUACAGUAGCGCUUACGGCGAUCCAACCCCAGAAGGUCAUGUUUCUUGUGCAGAGUGUUUUCUGCAUAACACAAUCCUGCAAUCCAUGGCGUACAAUUGCCAGCACUUACACGCGUGUUCAGAUUGCCCGAGCUGUUACCUGCAGCAACCACAUACUGUAAUCUCGAGCCAUGCAGCAUCUGGAAGCGAAAUGUCGCCGUCGCUGUACACUCGUGAUAACAUUGGCCAUUCCAACAUUUCACCGCCCCCGUUUUUCCAUCGAAGAUCGCCGGUGGUUUCGCCAGAUACAUUCCCGAGAGGAAGUCCCAUAAGUUACUGCACCCAUAGUGCCCCUGGAAGUCCAUACAACGGCCAGCGCCUACAGCCGUCGCCCCCGCAGUGCACACAUCCAGUGAAAGAACGAUUUCAGCCGGAACAGCGAAGAGUUUCCCUUCCAAACGCUUUGUUCCAAAAUGGUCAUUCGUUAAACCGAAACGGCUCAAACGGUCAUGACCUUGAGUUGAUUUCCGACGCAAGUAACUCGUCAUACGAUCACGUCUUUUCACGAUCCUCAUCUAAAAAUGAUGUUGAACCGGUCAAUGAAAGAAGAAGCAGCGAAGGUCAAGUUGUGUGUAAUGGUGCUGGCACGCAACAGCUGCAAAAGAAAGGGGAACUGCAUUCGAAGGCUCCGUCACUAAAUGGAAAAUCCGAACAAAAUCGCAAAAGAAGUGCUAGUGAUGUAUGCCAAGUGUGUGGUGACCGUGCGUCUGGAUAUCAUUAUAAUGCUCUCACAUGCGAAGGCUGCAAAGGAUUUUUCCGACGCUCAAUUAACAGAAAGGAGUCUCAUUACAGAUGCAAAUACGGUGGAAAGUGUGAAAUGGACAUGUACACACGCCGAAAAUGUCCUGAAUGUCGAUUAAGAAAAUGCAGGGCUGUUGGGAUGUUAGAAGAAUGUUUGUUGACUGAAAUCCAAUGCAAAUCAAAAAGAAGAAGUAGGAAAGUGAAAACAAUUCAAGAAGAUGAUGAAACAAAAGAAAGUGUACCGAAUCCGAUCCCACCACCCAAACCCGCAGUUAAAUCUCCACCAGAACCAGAUGAAACUGAUUUAUUAAUUGAAUUGGUUGGAAAAAGUUUCUCAGAUUACCGGAAUAAUCCUGAGAUAGUAAAUCGUUGGGAAUGUUUUUACGAAUUGUCAACGAAAACGCCUCCGAAUCUUUGUGAAAUCGCUACCAUUCACGUACAAGUGUUAGUAGAGUUCACCAAGAAGUUACCAGGUUUCAUGCGACUUGACUCACACGACCAGAUAGCUUUACUGAAAGGUUGUGUUGUGCAAGCAAUGCUUCUACGAAACUCCUGUGGUUACAACAAGGUUAACAGAUUCCUGGAUCUAAAACGUGUUGUACGAGACACAGGUAUAAAGGAAGACCAUAUUCGAACGCUCACUGAUUUUUUUGACAAUGUUGCAAAACUUCAAAUGGAUGAAACCGAAUACGGCUUGCUUAUUGCCAUCAUUGUGUUUGACUCCGAUCACACCGACCUUGAGAACAGACUUACCAUUGACAAAUAUAGGGACCGGUACCUGUCCGCUCUCUCGCGUUACAGCGAGGCCCGUGAGCCGCGACGUCCUCAGAUCUUCGCAAAAAUCCUCUCUCUUCUUACAGAAAUGCGAACACUGUAUCACACCCACGCUAAAAUGGUCUUGGAUUGGAAACAAAGGGAACAGCUGACACCUUUGCUUUGUGAGAUUUGGGAUAUGCGGUGAUCGGUUUCAGUCAAUGCCCAGGAAAGGGCAUCUUAUUUUAACAGUUCUUUUUCGGUCAACCCGUGCAGUAGAUUAAGUAUACACAAUUGGCCCCAUCCGAGCUUGCACCUGACUAUUGCUAUAUAUGCUGAUGUUUGGAAUUUCCAUGGUAUAGUUCAUCGUUGAUUUUCUUUUACUGGUAUACGCACAAUAAAGUAUAUAUGGCUUUACUAAACACA